CCCUCCCUUUUUUUUAUGCAUCUUUUUCACGCAGUUCAACAUCCAUUAAAGUGUGAGGGCUGUAAACGCGAGCCAAUUGUCGGUCUGCGCUAUAAAUGCACUCGCUGUCCGAGGUACAACUUGUGCCAGGAUUGCUUUUGGACCGGAAUCACCACCGAUCCCCACACCAAUAGCCACGAUGUGAAAGAGUACACCUCUGCAACGGUGAGUGAGUGGACUACUGUCCAGAGCAUUGUCAUUAGUGCUUAG